AACCGAAUGUCUUGAAUGUCAACAUCUCAGCUUUUCUCUAGUCUUUCUGUCGCCAAAAAAUCCCAAGCGUCAUUCCAAUACUGCUGAAUACAUACAGACUGCUGAGAAAUAAAGAACACAGAUGAGAAACAUGUCUUACCUGAUUGGGACUGUUGACUGAAAGCUCUAAUAAAGAAUGCAGUGUCACCGUACUCUUACUUCCAGUCAAGUCAGAUCUGUGAGCGAGGAACUAUUCAUUGCAAUAUUACAAUGGAAGAAGUGUUCUGUGUUGAAGAUGAGGUGAAGAAGGCAUCGUCUAUGUCUAAACACCUCUGGCGGAAAGAGGAUUUACAACCUGAUUUGCAUGCAGCAGAGAAAUCAGCCCAAUGCUACAACCGUGAUAUGGCACAAGGUACUGUCGUGACUAGUAGGCUGCAGAGACACUGUCAGAGACUGCAUACAAGCGUGCAACCUUGCGAGUGUGAACAGUGUGAUAAAUCCUUUCUGGGUCUUGCUAAACACACACCGCAUGCGUGUGCCAAGGCAAAUGAGAUAGUAUACCAGUGCACACACUGUUCACAGUCGUUCACUAUAGAAUGUCGUUUAAAAAAUCACGUAUGUGUUCAUGUUGCCAGUGACCAUUGCAAGUUUACACCUACAGUACAGAGUACAAGCCAACAUGAAAUUUUCUCAGAUGAUUUGCAAAACAACUUUCCCAUGGAAACGUUGGUAAGCACCGAAGAUGAUCAUGGAAUGAAAACUUUGCAGUAUGAAAUACCUGGGAAAAGUGUUUUGCGUGAAUUCCAUUGUGAGGCACCUAUGGAGGAAAGCCAUAGCAAUGUUACUGGUAAUAUGGAAGAGGGACAAUCAUCUCUUGAAAAAUCAUUACAAUGCAAAAACAAAUUUUUACGUGAAUCUCAAUAUGACAUUCAUGCAAAUACAGUUCCACCUGCUGUUUUUUAUGAAAAACACCCAGAACAAAAACAUUCUAGAACAAGAGAAAAAGUCUUACAGUGCGGACAAUGUGGUAAAAGAUUUGCAAGUCAAAAUCAACUGAAAGUACAUAUGCGUAUUCACACUGGUGAAAAACCAUUCCAGUGUGAAGUUUGCAAGAAGUGUUUUGCCUACUCUAACGUUCUGAAAAUACACAUGGGUACACACUCACGAAUAAGGCCGCACCAGUGUGGCAUGUGUGGAAAAAGCUAUGUUGUACCAAGUCAACUGAAAACUCAUAUGAAGUCUCAUAUGAGGGAAAAACAAUACCAAUGUAGGCAGUGUAAAAAGCUUUUUCCUUUAUUAAGUCAAUUAAAUUUACACAAGAAAACACAUACUAAAGAGAGUGUAUUUCAUUGCAAACAAUGCCAGAAAAGCUUUUCUCAGCGGCGACGACUUGAAGCACACAUGAAAGUUCACAAUGACGAGAAACCAUAUCAGUGUGACCACUGCGAGAAGAGGUAUGCGCAGCAAACUCAGUUGAAAGUGCACAUGAGAACUCAUACCGGUGAAAAACCAUUCCAGUGUGAAAUAUGCAGGAAGAGCUUUGCCUAUUCACACGUAUGGAAGAUACAUAUGGGCACACAUACACAGGAGAGACCACAUCAGUGUGUACUGUGUGGAAAAAGUUAUGUACUUCCAAGUCAGCUUCGUGCUCAUAUCAAGACUCACACUGGGGAAAAACCACACCAAUGUAGACAAUGUGGAAAACGUUUUUUAUUACCAAGUCAGUUGAAUACACACAUGAAAAUGCAUGAGAAAUCUUUAUUUCAAUGUGCGCAGUGUCAUGAAAGCUUUACUUCUCAAAACCGUCUUGAAGGACAUGCUAAGAUGCAUUUGGAAAAUCCUAUUGAAAUUCUCAGUACAUGUAUGGUCACUGAAGAGGCCCCUCUAAAUGAAACAUUACAUGGGACAGAUUUCAUCGUGAACCGUUCCUUGGGAUGUUUUUUAAGAAAGCACGUAUGA